UAUAAGCUUGGUGCCAGGGCCAGCUGAUACGCACUCCAUCCUAGGCAAGUCUUGAAGGAGCACCGCGGCAGAAUGGCUUUACAAUAUCUGGUGUCGCUAGCGGUGGUGGGCGUCGUCCUUGCAGACCAGCACUCCCACGUCAGCUUCAGCCUCGGCGGUGCCCCUAAAGUGACUCACCAUGCCAGCCACCACCACGUCCCCGUCCACCACACACCAGUCCACCACGCCCCCGUCCACAAACCCCGCGUCCACCACCCAAAGCCUCAUCAUCCUCGUCCUGCCCACCACGCCCCCGUCCACCACCCUCAACCUUCCUACCACCCGCAGCCCGCCUACGGCCACCACGAGCCCGCCGAGCCCGCUUGCGCCGCCAACACCACCAAGCCGUGGUGCCUCGAGGACGCCGAGUACCCGCUGUACGAGAUCAAGCACGCCGCGGAGUACCACUACGAGAAGCUGCUGUCCCUGUACGCCGACGUGGCUGACCUCAGCACCGAGCUGUCCGUGGAGCGGCCCAAGACCCUGGAUGAGGAGACCUACCUCUGCCCCUCCGCCACCGCCUACGUCAGGCCGCUGCGCGCCAUCAACACGGAGGGCAAGUGGCGCGUCAUCGUGAACAACGUGGACGUGCACUACGAGACCCUGACGCAGACCACCCGCGUGGAGGAGUGUCUUACCGCCGGCGACGCCUGCCCGCUGGUGCCCGAGUGCUACGAGUCCUCCUGCCUGCAAAAGUCCAUCUACCACCGCUUCCUCGUCUACGACCCCUACGACCAGUACUUCCCUUUCGCCGUGGAGACCUUCAAGCUGCCCGCCAGCUGCGCCUGCCUGCUCGGCGCCUACACCAUUGACCACUAACUCCAAGAUAGUAUUGAUAGCGAUUCGCUUCCAGUCCACUGCAAGACAAAUGUCUUUCUAGAAUUCUCUCUGCUCCAGCUGUCCAUCCCUCCUGUGCACCACCUUUGUCUUUGUGUUCAGCGUCUCGCCCUCAGCUCACUCAACUCUUGCCACCGAUACGAACCCUGUGACCUCAAUAUGACCUCGAUAUGUAAGAGCCGUGGGUGUUAGCGCCCCACCUCUCCCCGCCCUGGCCGCGGUACGUAAAGAAAGCAGUUCUCUAGUCAUCUCUGUGUGAUAAUAUUUAAAUUAUAAAUGUUAAUAUAUUUACCUGCAAACAUGAAAUAAAAUUGUGCAUAGAA